UGCAGGCUGUCGGGGUUCCAGCUGCCCUCCGCCAUCGUGAGUUCCGGCUCCAUCCUCACGCUGUGGUUCACCACCGACUUCGCCGUGAGCGCCCAGGGGUUCCGAGCCCUGUAUGAAGUGCUGCCCAGCCACACGUGCGGGAACCCCGGGGACAUCCUGAAGGGGGUGCUGCACGGGUCCAGGUUCAACAUCGGAGACAAGAUCCGCUAUAGCUGCCUGGCCGGCUACGUCCUGGAGGGCCACGCGACGCUCACCUGCAUCGUCAGCCCCGGGAGCGGCGCCACCUGGGACUUCCCGGCCCCCUUCUGCAGAGCCGAGGGAGCCUGUGGGGGGACCCUCCGGGGCACCAGCAGCAGCAUCUCCAGCCCCCACUUCCCGUCCGAGUACGAGAACAACGCCGACUGCACGUGGACUGUCCUGGCCGAGCCCGGGGACACCAUCGCGCUGGUCUUCACCGACUUCCAGCUGGAGGAGGGCUACGACUUCCUGGAGAUCAGCGGGACGGAGGCGCCGUCCGUGUGGCUCACGGGCAUGAACCUGCCCUCCCCCGUCAUCAGCAGCAGGAACUGGCUGCGCCUGCACUUCACCUCCGACGGCAACCACCGGCGCAAAGGCUUCAACGCCCAGUUCCAAGUGAAAAAGGCCAUCGAGCUCAAGUCCAGAGGCGUCAAGAUGCUGCCCAGCAAGGAGAGCAGCCCCAAGAACUCCGUCCUGAGUCAGGGAGGCGAAGCCCUCGUCUCCGACAUGUGUCCAGACCCGGGGGUUCCGGAAUUCGGGCGACGAGCAGGAGCUGACUUCAGGGUCGGCGCGAACGUCCAGUUCUCCUGUGAGGACAACUACGUGCUGCAGGGCUCCAAGAGCAUCACCUGCCAGCGGGUCACCGAGACGCUGGCCGCCUGGAGCGACCACCGGCCCAUCUGCCGAGCUCGGACGUGCGGGUCCAACCUGCGGGGGCCCAGCGGCACCAUCACCUCCCCCAACUACCCGGUGCAGUACGAGGACAACGCCCACUGCAUGUGGGUCAUCACCGCCUCGGACCCCGACAAGGUCAUCAAGCUGGCCUUCGAGGAGUUCGAGCUGGAACGCGGCUACGACACGCUGACCGUGGGCGACGCCGGCAAAGUGGGCGACACCAGGACCGUCUUGUACGUGCUCACCGGCUCCAGCGUCCCCGACCUGAUCGUGAGCCUCAGCAAUCAGAUGUGGCUGCACCUGCAGUCGGACGACAGCAUCGCCUCGCCCGGGUUCAAGGCCGUCUACCAAGAAAUCGAGAAGGGGGGCUGCGGGGACCCCGGCAUCCCUGCCUACGGGCGGCGCACGGGCGGCAGCUUCCUGCACGGGGACACCCUGACCUUCGAGUGCCAAGCGGCCUUCGAGCUGGUGGGCGAGCGCGCCAUCACCUGCCAGCGGAACAACCAGUGGUCGGGCAACAAGCCCAGCUGUGUGUUCUCCUGCUUCUUCAACUUCACGGCGGCCUCGGGGGUCAUCCUGUCCCCCAACUACCCCGAGGAGUAUGGCAACAACAUGAACUGCGUGUGGCUGGUCAUCGCCGAGCCCGGCAGUCGGGUGCACCUCCUCUUCAACGACUUCGACGUGGAGCCUCAGUUCGACUUCCUGGCGGUCAAGGACGACGGCGGGCCGGACGUGACCGUCCUCGGGACGUUCUCCGGCAACGAGGUGCCCUCCCAGCUGGCCAGCAGCGGGCACGUGGUGCGCCUGGAGUUCCAGUCGGAUCACUCCAACACCGGCCGGGGCUUCAACAUCACCUACACCACGUUUGGUCAGAACGAGUGCCAUGACCCCGGCAUCCCCGUCAACGGGCAGCGCUCCGGGGACCGCUUCCUGCUGGGGAGCUCGGUGACCUUCCGGUGCGACGACGGCUUCGUCAGGACGCAGGGCUCCGAGGCCAUCACCUGCGCCCUGCAGGACGGCAACGUGGUGUGGAGCGCCGCCGUGCCGCGCUGCGAAGCCCCGUGCGGCGGCCACCUGACCGCGUCCAGCGGGGUCAUUCUGCCCCCCGGGUGGCCAGGGUACUACAAAGACUCUCUCAGUUGUGAAUGGGUCGUCGAGGCAAAACCAGGGCACGCUAUCAAAAUCACCUUCGACAGGUUCCAGACCGAGGUGAACUACGACACCCUGGAGGUGCGGGACGGGCCGGGCAGCUCGUCCCCGCUGAUCGGGGAGUACCAGGGCACGCAGGCCCCCCAGUUCCUCAUCAGCACGGGCAACUCCAUGCGCCUGCUCUUCACCACGGACAGCAGCCGGGCCAGCGUGGGCUUCCUCAUCCGCUACGAGAGUGUGACUCUCGAGUCGGACGCCUGCCUGGACCCUGGCAUCCCUGUGAACGGCCGUCGGCAUGGCAGCAACUUCGGCAUCGGGUCGACAGUGACCUUCGGCUGCGACCCCGGGUACACACUCAGCGAUGACGAGCCGCUAGUCUGCGAGAGGAACCACCAGUGGAACCACGCGCUGCCCAGCUGCGACGCCCUCUGUGGAGGCUACGUCCACGGGAAGAGCGGGACCGUCCUGUCGCCGGGGUUUCCAGACUUUUACCCAAACUCCCUCAACUGCACCUGGACCAUCGAAGUGUCCCACGGAAAAGGGGUCCAGAUGAUGUUCCACACCUUCCACCUGGAGAGCUCGCACGACUACCUGCUGGUCACGGAGGACGGGAGCUUCUCGGAGCCCGUGGCCCGGCUCACGGGGUCGGUGCUGCCCCACACGAUCAAGGCGGGCUUGUUCGGCAACUUCACCGCCCAGCUGCGCUUCAUCUCGGACUUCUCCAUCUCCUACGAGGGCUUCAACAUCACCUUCUCAGAGUACGACCUGGAGCCGUGCGAGGACCCCGGCGUCCCCGCCUUCAGCCGCAGGAUGGGCUUCCGCUUCGGGGUCGGGGACGCGCUGACCUUCUCCUGCUUCGCGGGGUACCGCCUGGAGGGGGCCACCACGCUGACCUGCCUGGGCGGGGGCCGCCGGGUGUGGAGUGCGCCUCUGCCAAGGUGUGUGGCUGAGUGUGGGGCGAGGGUCACAGGCAACGAAGGGACGCUGCUGUCGCCGAACUUCCCGUCCAACUACGACAACCACCACGAGUGCAUCUACAGCAUCGAGACGGAGGCCGGCAAGGGCAUCCGCCUGUGGGCGCGCACCUUCCAGCUGCAGGAGGGGGACACGCUCCGGGUGUUCGACGGGCGAGACGGCGCCUCCCGGCCCCUGGGGACCUUCACGCGGCGAGAGCUGCUGGGCCUGACCCUGAACAGCACCUCCAACCACCUGCGGCUGGAGUUCGACAGCAACGGCACGGACACGGCCGCUGGCUUCCAGCUCAGCUACACCAGCUUCGACCUGGUGAAGUGCGAGGACCCCGGGGUGCCCAGCUACGGCUACCGGGUCCGGGACGACGGCCACUUCGCGGACACCGCUGUCGUGUUCAGCUGCAACCCCGGCUACGCCAUGCACGGCAGCAGCACGCUGACCUGCCUGAGCGGGGACCGCAGAGUGUGGGACCAGCCGCUGCCAUCCUGCGUGGCGGAGUGCGGUGGGCAGAUCCACGCGGCCACCUCGGGGCGCCUGCUGUCCCCCGGCUACCCGGCGCCCUACGACAACAACCUGCACUGCACCUGGGUCAUCGAGGCCGACCCCGGGAGGACCAUCAGCCUCCACUUCAUCCUGUUCGACACGGAGAAGAGCCACGACAUCCUGCGGGUGUGGGACGGGCCCGCGGACGGCGCCAUCCUGCUGAAGGAGUGGAGCGGCUCCGCGCUGCCCGGCGACAUCCACAGCACCUUCAACGCGCUCACCCUGCAGUUCGACAGCGACUUCUUCAUCAGCAAGUCCGGCUUCUCCCUGCAGUUCUCAACCUCGGUAGCGUCCACCUGCAACGACCCAGGCAUGCCUCAGAACGGCACCCGCUACGGGGACAGCAGGGAGCCGGGCGACACCGUCACCUUCCAGUGCGACCCCGGCUACCAGCUGCAGGGACCCGCCAGGACCACCUGCGUGCAGCUCAACAACCGCUUCUUCUGGCAGCCGGACCCGCCCACCUGCACAGCCACCUGCGGCGGGAACCUGACCGGCCCGGCGGGGGUCAUCCUGUCCCCCAACUACCCGCAGCCGUACCCUCCCGGCAAAGAGUGUGACUGGAGGGUGAGGGUGAACCCCGACUUCGUCAUCGCCUUGAUCUUCAAAAGCUUCAACAUGGAGCCCAGCUACGACUUCCUGCACGUGUACGAGGGCGAGGACUCCAACAGCCCGCUCAUCGGCAGCUUCCAGGGCUCGCAGGCCCCCGAGCGCAUCGAGAGCAGCGGCAACAGCCUCUUCCUGGCCUUCCGGAGCGACGCCUCCGUGGGCCUGUCCGGCUUCGCCAUCGAGUUCAAAGAGAAGCCCCGGGAAGCUUGCUUUGACCCUGGGAACAUCAUGAACGGGACCAGAGUCGGGACGGACUUCAAGCUGGGCUCCUCCGUGACCUACCAGUGUGACCCCGGCUACAGAAUCCUGGACCCUGCGUCCAUCACGUGUGUGAUCGGAGCGGACGGGAAGCCGGCCUGGAACCAGGCCCUGCCCACCUGCAGCGCUCCCUGUGGUGGCCAGUACACAGGGUCCGAAGGCGUGGUGCUGUCCCCCAACUACCCCCAGAACUACACGGCCGGCCAGACGUGCCUGUACUCCAUAACGGUGCCGAAGGAAUUCGUCGUGUUCGGGCAGUUCGCCUACUUCCAGACGGCGCUGAGCGACGUGGCCGAGUUGUUCGACGGGACCCACCCGCAGGCCCGGCUCCUCAGCUCGCUCUCCGGGUCCCACUCAGGUGAGACGCUGCCCUUGGCGACGUCCAAUCAGAUUCUGCUCCGAUUCAGCGCGAAGAGCGGGGCGUCGGCCCGCGGCUUCCACUUCGUGUACCAAGCGGUCCCUCGCACCAGCGACACCCAGUGCAGCUCGGUGCCCGAGCCCAGGUACGGCCGCAGGAUCGGCUCCGAGUUCUCGGCGGGUUCCAUCGUGCGGUUCGAGUGCAGCCCCGGGUACCUGCUGCAGGGGNUCACGGGGAAAGGAUGCUCCGCCUCACGCUCCCUCCCCGUGUCCCCAGUGCCCUGCAGCGGCAGCUUCACGCAGCGCAGGGGCACGGUCCUGUCGCCCGGGUACCCGGAGCCCUACGGGAACAACCUCAACUGCUUUCAUAAAAGCCUCGUUGCCGUGGGCCGGUUUUCACACCGAAGACACACGUUAACCCCCUGCUGCCUGUGGCAGAUCCAGGUCGUCAGCUUCGCCACCGAACAGAACUGGGACUCCCUGGAGAUCUACGACGGCGGGGACGCCACGGCGCCCAGGCUGGGCAGCUUCUCAGGGACCACGGUGCCCGCCCUGCUCAACAGCUCAUCCAACCAGCUCUACCUGCACUUCCAGUCGGACAUCAGCGUGGCCGCCGCUGGCUUCCACCUGGAGUACAAAACCGUGGGGCUCGCCGCAUGCCAGGAGCCAGCCCUGCCCAGCAACGGGCUCAAGACGGGCGACCGGUACAUGGUGAACGACGUGCUGGCCUUCCAGUGCAAGCCGGGGUACACGCUGCAGGGCCGCUCUCCGGCAGCGACGUGCGGGGGCACGCUGAGCAGCCUGGCCGGCGUGAUCCUGAGCCCCGGCUUCCCCGGCGCCUACCCCAGCAACCUGCACUGCAGCUGGCGCAUCGCCCUGCCCGUGGGCCACGGUGCGCACAUCCGGUUCCUGAACUUCUCCACAGAGGCCAACCACGACUUCCUGGAGAUCCAGAACGGGCCACACCCCACCAGCCCGCUGCUCGGCCAGUUCAGCGGCCCCGACCUGCCGGCCGCGCUGCUCAGCACCACUCACGAGACCCUCGUCCGCUUCUCCAGCGACCACUCCCAGAGCCGGCAGGGCUUCCGGCUGGCCUACCGAGCCUAUGAGCUGCAGAACUGCCCGGACCCGCCCCCCUUCCCCAACGGGUACCUGGUCGGCUCCGACUACAGCGUGGGCCAGUCCAUCUCCUUCCAGUGUUACCCCGGGUACAUCCUCAUCGGCCACCCCGUCCUCACCUGUCAGCACGGGACCGACAGAAGCUGGAGCCACCCCUUCCCCAGGUGUGACGCUCCCUGCGGCUACAACAUCUCGGCUCCCAACGGCACCAUCUACUCACCCGGCUUCCCCGACGAGUACCCGGUGCUGCAGGACUGCCUGUGGCUGCUCACCGCGCCGCCCGGCCACGGCAUCUACAUCAACUUCACGCUGCUGCAGACCGAGGCCAUCAACGACUACAUCGCAGUGUGGUACGGCCACCCCGGCCNGAGCGCGGCCCAGCUCGGCGUCUUCAGCGGGAACACAGCCCUGGAGACGGCGCGCAGCUCCACCCGCCACGUGCUGCUCGGCUUCCACAGCGACUUCUCCAACGGCGGCUUCUUCGUCCUCAACUUCCACGCCUUUCAGCUCAAGAAGUGCCCGCCGCCCCCGGCCGUCCCGCAGGCGGAGCUGCUGCGUGAGGACGAGGACUUCGAGAUCGGGGACUCCGUGCGGUACCUCUGCCACCCCGGCUACACGCUGUCGGGCUCGGACACGCUCACCUGCAAGCUCGGCGCCCAGCUGCAGUUCCAGGGUUCGCUCCCCACGUGUGAAGCCCAAUGCCCGGCCAAUGAGGUCCGCACAGAGUCCUCGGGGGUCAUCCUGAGCCCGGGUUACCCCGGCAACUACUUCAACUCGCAGACCUGCUCCUGGACCAUCCGCGUGGAGCCCCGCUACAACAUCACCCUCUUCGUGGACAGCUUCCAGAGCGAGAAGCAGUUCGAUGCCCUGGAGGUGUUUGAUGGCUCUUCCGGGCAGAGCCCGCUGCUAGUGGUGCUGAGCGGGAACCACACGGAGCAGGCGCAUUUCACCAGCAGGGGCAACCAGCUGUUCCUGCGCUGGUCCACCGACCACGCCACCAGCAAGAAGGGCUUCAAGAUCCGCUACUCAGCCCCUUACUGCAGCCUGACCCACACGCCGAGGAACGGCGGCGUCUUGAACAGGACGGCGGGGGCGCUGGGCAGCACCGUGCACUACUCCUGCCAGCCCGGGCACCGCCUGGUGGGCCGCGGCAACGCCACGUGCACCCGGAACCCCGUGGGCAUGUUCCAGUGGGACGCCCUCCCGCCGCUGUGCCAGGCCGUGUCCUGCGGCAUCCCCGAGGCCCCGGGGAACGGCUCCUUCGCGGGGAACGAGUUCACCUUGGGCAGUAAAGUCACGUACGAGUGUGACGAGGGCUUCACGCUCGAAGGCAGCCAGCGAGCCACGGCCGUGUGCCGGGAAGACGGGUCCUGGAGCCACGGAGGGACGCCGCCUGCCUGCAAGCCGGUCACGUGCCCCGGCAUCGAGGCGCAGCUGGCGGAGCACGUCACCUGGAGGCUGGUGUCGGGGGCCCCGAAUGAGUUCGGCGCCCCUGUGGAUAUUUAUAGCAUCCGAGAGCCUUACGGCAUCGCCCGCUUAAAACUCUGGAGGCCGCGUGUCACUCACUUUAUUCUCGCUUUCCUUGUAGUGAUCUCAUGCGGAAGCCUGUCCUUCCCCCCCAACGGCAACAAGAUCGGGACGCUGACCGUGUACGGGGCCACGGCCAUAUUCACGUGCAACACGGGCUACACGCUGGUGGGGUCCCACGUGAGAGAGUGCCUGGCGAGCGGGCUGUGGAGCGGCGCCGAGACGCGGUGCCUGGCCGGCCACUGCGGCUCCCCGGACCCCAUCGUGAACGGCCACAUCAGCGGCGACGGCUUCAGCUACAGGGACACCGUGGUGUACCAGUGCCACGCCGGCUUCCGGCUGGUGGGCACCUCCGUGCGGAUAUGCCUGCAGGACCACAAGUGGUCGGGACAGACCCCAGUGUGUGUGGCCAUCACCUGCGGGCACCCUGGGAACCCUGCCCACGGGCUCACCAACGGCAGCCAGUUCAACCUGAAUGACGUGGUGAACUUCACGUGCAACACCGGCUACAUGCUGCAGGGUGCGCCGCAGGCCCAGUGUCGGAGCAACGGCCAGUGGAGCAGCCCCCUGCCCACCUGUCGAGUGGUCAACUGCUCGGACCCUGGCUCCGUGGACAACGCCGUCCGCCGGAGCGUCCCCGAGAGCCUCGUCUACGGGCGGACUGUCGUCUACCACUGCAAGAAGGGCUUUUACCUGCUCGGCUCGUCUGCCUUGACCUGCACGGCCAGUGGCUUGUGGGACCGCUCCCUCCCCAAGUGCUUGGCCAUAUCCUGUGGGCACCCGGGCGUGCCCGCCAACGCCAUCCUCACGGGGGACGUGUUCACGUUCGGGGCCACGGUCCACUACUCCUGCCAAGGGGCCCGCAGCCUGGUGGGCGACCACAGCCGCGUGUGCCAGGAGGACGGCCACUGGGGCGGGGCCCUGCCCCACUGCACAGGAAACCACCCUGGAUUCUGUGGAGACCCAGGCACCCCCGCCCACGGGUCCCGGCUGGGCGACGAGUUCAAGGCCAAGAGCCUGCUGCGCUUCUCCUGCGAGGUGGGCUACCUGCUGCGCGGCUCCCCCGAGCAUGACAUGGAGUUCCGUUUCAGCAAAGCGGUUGUCACUCUGUGUCUUUGCUCCGUGUCCCUUGCAGCUGUGUCCUGUGGGAACCCUGGCACGCCCACCAACGGCAUGAUCGUCAGCAGCGACGGCAUCCUGUUCUCCAGCUCCGUGGUCUACGCCUGCUGGGAGGGCUACCGGACCUCAGGGCUGACCACCCGGCACUGCACCGCCAACGGGACCUGGACCGGCACCGCUCCCGACUGCACAAUCAUCAGCUGUGGAGAUCCGGGCACACCAGCCAACGGCAUCCAAUUCGGCACCGACUUCACCUUCAACAAGACCGUGAGCUACCAGUGCAGCCCCGGCCAUGUCCUGGAGCCGGCCUCGGGGGCCACGCUCCGCUGCCUGGGGGACGGCGCCUGGAGCCACAGCAGACCUGUCUGCAGAGCCGUCCUGUGCAGCCCGCCGCCUCCCGUCCCGCAUGGAGAAGUGGAGGGCACCGACUUCCACUGGGGCGCCAGCAUCAGCUACAGCUGCGCGGCCGGCUACCAGCUGUCGCACCCCGCCAUCCUGUCCUGCGAGGGCCCGGGCGUGUGGAAGGGGGAGACGCCCCAGUGCCUGCCUGUGUUCUGUGGAGAUCCGGGCACCCCCGCGGAGGGCCAGCUCAGCGGCAAGAGCUUCACCUACAAGUCUGAGGUCUCCUUCCAGUGCCGGCCGCCCUUCGUCCUGGUGGGCUCUCCCCGGAGGACCUGCCAGGCCGACGGCGCGUGGAGCGGCGUGCAGCCCGCCUGCAUCGAUCCUGCUCACAACACCUGCCCAGACCCGGGGACCCCACACUUCGGAAUACAAAACAGCUCCAGGGGCUACGAGGUGGGCAGCAGCGUGUUCUUCAGGUGCAGGAAGGGCUACCACGUGCAGGGCUCCACCACGCGCACCUGCCUCGCCAACCUCACGUGGAGCGGGAUCCAGACCGAGUGCAUCCCUCAUGCCUGCCGACAGCCCGAGACGCCCGCCCACGCGGACGUGCAAGCCAUCGAGCUCCCCGCCUUCGGCUACACCCUGGUCUACACCUGCCACCCGGGCUUCUUCCUGGCCGGCGGCUCUGAGCACAGGACGUGCAAGGCCGAUCUCAAGUGGACCGGGAAGUCGCCCGUCUGUAAAAGUAAAGGAGUGAGAGGAGUUAAUGACACAGUUACUAAAACGCCAGUUCCUUCCGACGUGUUCUUCGUGGGCUCCGUGUGGAAGGGGCACUACGAGUACCUGGGGAAGAGGCAGCCGGCCACGCUGACGGUGGACAGCUUCAACGCCACCCGCAGCCGGGUGAAUGCCACCUUCGCCGCAGCCUCGCAGGUGGAGCUGAAGCUGACAGGCGUCUACAAGAAGGAGGAGGCCCACUUACUGCUGAGGGCCUUUCAGACCAAAGGGCCCGCAGACGUGUUUGUCAGCAAGUUUGACAGCGACCCCUGGGGCCUGGACGGCUACGUCUCCUCGGGGCUCGAGAGAGGAGGGUUCACCUUCCAAGGGGACGUCCGUGGGGAAGACUUCGGGAAAUUCAAGCUCGAGAGGCAAGAUGCCCUGAGCUCUGACCAGGACGCUGCUCACCGCCACCUGGGCACCAGCAGCGGCUCUGUCGCAGCCGCCAUCCUGGUCCCGUUCUUCGCUCUCAUCUUGUCAGGGUUUGCGUUUUACCUCUACAAACACAGAACGAGACCAAAAGCUCAGUACAACGGCUACGCCGGCCACGAAAACAGCAACGGGCAGGCUUCCUUCGAGAACCCCAUGUACGACACAAACUUAAAGCCCACGGAGGCCAAGGCCGUGCGCUUCGACACGACACUGAACACGGUGUGCACCGUGGUAUAGCCUCCGCGCGGGACUGGACCAUAGCCAUACCUCGGACGGGCAAGCCUGACUGGUGCCAUGGCCCUUCUCCCCCGGCUUGGCCGCAGCCACCUUCCACAUCUUCCGAUCCAUGCAGCGGGUGUCCAUGGAGCACACAGGGUGUCCACGGAGCGUGCAGGUGUCCACAGAGUGUGGGGUGUCCACAGAGAGCAUGGGGUGUCCACGGAGCAUGUGCGGUGUCACGGAGUGUGCAGGCGUCCACAGAGCGUGGGGUGUCCACAGAGAGCAUGGGGUGUCCAUGGAGCAUGUGCGGUGUCCAUGGAGUGUGCAGGUGUCCACAGAGUACAUGGGGUGUCCACAGAGCAUGCGGGUGCCCACGGAGCGUGCGGGUGUCCACAGAGCGUGUGGCUGUCCACGGAGCGUGUGGCUGUCCACGGAGCGUGCGGGUGUCCAAGGAGCAUGCGGGUGUCCACAAAGCAUGGGGUGUCCACAGAGAGCAUGGGGUGUCCACGGAGCACAUGCGGUGUCCACGGAGUAUGCAGGUGUCCACAGAGUACAUGGGGUGUCCACAGAGUGUGCGGGUGCCCACAGAGCAUGCGGGUGCCCACAGAGUGUGCGGGUGUCCACGGAGCGUAUGGGUGUCCACGGAGCGUGCGGGUGUCCACGGAGUGUGUGGGGUGUCCACAAAGCGCGUGGUGUGUCCAUGGAGUGUG